UUAUUUUGAAUCUUCAAAACAAGUGCUUGUACCGAGGACUUUGAGAAACAAAUUAGAGGUCAAAGUUGCUUUUGUACCCUCGAAGUGAAAGAUAUUAAGUUUCUGAUGUCACUUAUAAUAAUGUUGCUAUGAGAUAAAGUGCGAAAAUUAGCACCCCGUUUUUAAAAGGGGCUGGUUGAAUCUAUUAGUAACAGAAAAAAUAUGGCAUCGAUCACAGAACAGGCUUCAACUGGAGCAUUCAGCCAGACAAGAAUGCGUCAGCAGGACAAGAACUCUCGUAUAUACGAGUUAAAUAUAUCAAGAGCUCCGGAAUUACGUUGUGUGAAUAGUUCUGUAAAGUCAUGUGGAGUUUGUGAAGCGUGUUCUUUGGGUGCCAAAUUGAACAACGCCAAAGAAUGGUUUAUACGUUGUGGAGAGCCGGCCAAGAGGAGGUUUAUUUUGGGCCUUAUUCGUCGCUUCGACUCUAUAGACUUAUAUGAGUAUAUUAGUUCAAUUUUACAGCCAUUACAAUAUAAGGAUUUUACGUAUAUGAGGUCACGAAGUAGACCGAGUUUACCUAUGGAUAAUUCUUCUCCGCCGAGCAACCAUGCUCUAAAUGAACAAAAACUUGAUGAGCAGAUUGAGGAGUAUUGGCAUUGGUUCUCUGAGAGCAAAUACUGGACAAAGUUGAACUUUUUACUUGGCUUAAUGCAGCAUUGUGAUACCCAUUUGUUGUUCAUCAUGGCUUCAAAUACCAGAACACUUUACGAGAGGGAAAAACGUAAACAAAGAACCGUUGAGACCGAAAAUAUUCUAGAUGAAGAUGACUAUUUGUCACUUUGCAGCACACUAACGGAAUCUUCGGGCAUUAUUCAAGAAAGUAAUAUCUCAUUUAAUUUAUCAACCACUCCUUCUAAAUCCAGCCUCCUUUCAGUUGCACAAUCACAUGAAAGAAUACAAUCUGCUCAACAUAGCGAAAACCUUGAUUAUCCAACAUCAGGUGAACCACCACCUGCUGUAUACUCAGUGACAUCUAGAACCACUCCAAAAUCAACUUCUUCUAGAAAAAGCAUUCCACACUCAGCAGAUACUGUGGCAAGAUCCUAUAAAUCACAAGCCGCCAUUCGAGAGGGAAGCGCAUCUUCUAGAGGGACUCAAUCAAUCCCUCAAUCAAGACUGUCGUCAGCAAAACCUCUCAUAAGGAAGUCUGACUUUGAGCGAGAGUUCUUUACUGAAGAUUACAUGUCUGGUGAGGAUAAUGAAGAAGAAGAUUACGCUUCAGUUGAGCCUCUAGCUUUAGUGCUAGCAUCCCCAGCAGUGAGCUAUCGGGGUGCUACCAAAUACAAGGACUUUCUCCGGUGUCUACCUGUGCAUUUAUCAAAGUAUAUUCUGGGAAUGCUGGAUAAGAACAGUUUGACAAAUUGUCUGUGUAUAAGUAAGCACUGGAGGCUGCUUGCUGAAGAAGUGCAGUCUGACUUUAUGGUUCACCAGCUAAUGUCAGAGGAGAUUAUGCUUAUGCAGGGUGCAUCAGCUAAAGGUAUGGACCCAAAAUAUGCCAAGCUUAUCCCGGUACAUGUACCCCUAAAAGAAGACAGCUCUGUACACCCUGCCCUUGUCGGCAUCAGGCCCCUUGAGGCCACUAGGAGUAUGUGGCAUGCGAAUAGGCGUAACCUAGAGGAGUGUUAUGAUGGAAUCCCAACAUCCAUGGUGAAGAUGGAAGAGAGGAAUGUUUACUGUGGAGCUUACAAUGUGCUGGUGCUACAAGACAUUGAUGACCAUCACCGCUGCACAAAUUUUGCGGGUGGUCGGCUUGUAGUGUCAGGAUCGUAUGACAGAAAGGUGCGACUGAUUGACUCAGCAACAGGGAAAUGUGAAAGGGCCAUUCAAGGACACGCUGGAUCCAUCAGAUGUGUUCACGUGGCAGAGAGUAGAGGAGUUGUCUUAAGUGGCGGUUAUGACACUUCUAUAAGAUGCUGGGAUAUCAAGAAAGGGAACUGCAAGUGUAUCUUUAGAGGCCAUCGUGCCACGGUACUAUGCAUAAGUCUCCAUGGCGACAACUUGGCAUCAGGGUCACGUGACAAGAGUGUCAAGGUCUGGAAUUUUGAAACUGGAAAAUGCAGAAGAACAUUUCGCCAUCGGCAUGUUGUGCAGACUGUUAGUGUUUCUGAUGCACUUGUCAUCAGCGGAUGUGAAGGAGGCAAGGUCAAGGUCUGGGACAUUGAAUCUGCCACCCUACAGAAAUCCCUCGAUGGUCACCACGGUGCUAUCACGUGCGUCAAGUUUGAUGCAUACCACGUGAUCACAGGAAGUACGGAUUGUUAUGCUAUGGCCUGGAGUGUGAUUGGAAGUCACAAGAAAUGCCUCCAAGCCUUCAGACAUCCCAAGGAGGUUCUAUGCCUGGAGUUCCUGUACUGUCGGGUGAUUACAGGGUCAGCUGAUGGGAAGCUGCGUGUGUGGAACAUGUUGAAUGGUGACUGUUUGAGACUGAUUCGCGGUAAUAGCAGGAGCGACCCCAUCACAACCAUUUGUGCCGUAGAGAACAGGAUGGUAGUGAACACGGUGAGCAACCUUCUUAUCUUCAACUUCGAGCCUGUGAGAUGGGACUACAGCCUUCCUGCUGAGCGGCCCGAGGGGCUUGGCAGUUUAAACGUCUACGGAAAACACCCUCCUCGCAAACUCCCGCGCUCUUACGUGCGCUCACAGCGACUCAAACGGGCAGACACGCGGGACAGUCUACCCUCCAGACCACCUUCUCGGGGUGGGGCCAUCGAUCUCACCUCACGACCCCCCUCGCGGUCUGGCGUGCUGGAGCAAACCUCUCGGCCCCCUUCCAGGGUAGGCGUGUGCGGUCGACCUGUGUCACCGCCAAGAACGCGUGAGGCAAAAUGGUGCGAUGAUGGAAAGAGGGUGCUUAGUGCCCCACCAAGGGUGCGUCACCUCGAUAGCACCCUCAGCAGCAUCGAUAAUCACGUGACCAGGAUCAACAGCGCUAGGAAAGGAAAACCUCUCAGGCCUCAGUCCUCACCGGCCAAGGUCUCCUUCAAGAAGGCUGGAAACGAAGUCGAGGAAACCCCGUUUAACCCCGACUCGGAUAUUCGAGAGCGAAUCCACGUGACCGAGGUGAGGCAAACGUACCCAAGGCCGCCGCCCUUACCGGAUAACAGGACGCCCCAUGUAAUAUCGCGCGGUCGCUCAGCGCCUGUAUUUCACACCCAGACUCUCCCGGCCGAUAAAAGGGGAUGGACCACGUCAGCAAAGACUCCCAUCAUGCCUUGCGAAAAUAAGAUAAUGCUGACAGCAGCGCAGGCUCGGGAAUUGGUCAGCGGUCAAAGAAAACGGCCCCAGAGUGCAUCUGUGGCGUCGAAAAAGGUUUCAAUCAGCGUAAACCCAUUGAAGAGUCUGUCAUGUCUCAAUCUCAAAACUUACUCGUGUCAGCUGAGCUUUGAAGAUCAACUCAAGGACAAGGAGUCCAAGUCGGGACGCAAGACUAGGGGGAGAACGCUCUCGGGGCCAGUGCAGAGGCCACACUCCUGCAUCCAGCUGACGUGUUGAACAGCGUCACGUGACCGCACUUGCACUUAUCACGUGACCGGGGUGACAGUUACGUGACCCUGUUGAAGCGCGUUACGUGACCGCGCUGACCUGCGUGACGUGCCCGUUUUCACUACACGGGUUAUAUUACCGUGAUGACACUUAUCACGUGACCAUGCUCAGAUGAUGCGUCACAUGACCGUAACCUUCCGAAUACGCGUUACGUGACGCAUUUUACAUGCAUUGCGAAAUUAGUUGCGUGACCGUUACGUGACUAUUCUGACAGAUGUUACGUAAACGUCCUGAAAUGCCUGACGUUACUGUAGCAUGGAUUAACAUUAGUAUUCCAAUGUAUUAACAUUAUGGAUCCUUAAGAGUCUUUGUAUGAAUCCAUGAUUAGCAUAAUGCGUAAUAUGACUGAAAACUUUAGUUGCGUGCUAACAGUCACCGUUACCCGUGUAGUAACUUGCGAGAACUUCAGUUGUCCUGCUGAGGUGACGCGACAUCUCUAACCCAUGUAAAGUUUUUAUAAUGUGAUCAAUUAUCACCAAAAGACCCCACAUAAAAUUAUUUUAUAUUUUUAAAAUCGUUUAUAACUUUUAUAAUAUUAAUAUUAAUGCUUAGUGUUUCAAUUAUAUUUCAAUUCGCGAUGCAUCAUGAAGAUGUUUUAUAUUUGUUUAUAGUAUAUUGUGUACAUAUAUUUUGUAAUGAUAUAGUUUUGUAUAAAUACAUAAUUAUAUAGCU